CAUCUCCUGGAACGGCAGGUCCGCCAGCGACAGCCAGCAGUUUCGGUCCUCAAAUACAAGCUGAAGCGGGGUGUCACCUGCUCAGUGCCCAAAGUCCGAUCCACCCUGACCGGGUUUUUCCCUGUGCUGCGGUGGCUGCCUAAAUACAAGCUCCGAGAGUAUGUCUGGGGUGAUGUGAUGUCUGGGAUGAUCAUAGGUAUCAUCUUGGUACCACAGGCCAUCGCCUACUGCCUGCUGGCAGGAGUGGAGCCCAUCUAUGGCUUAUAUACCUCAUUUUAUGCCAACAUCAUCUACUUUCUCAUGGGGACGUCCAGACAUGUUUCUGUGGGGAUUUUCAGCCUCAUGAGCCUCAUGGUUGGACAGGUGGUAGAUAGGGAGGUGUUCCUGGCUGGUUUUGACCUUAAUGAGGAUUCCAAACCAUCUGGCCCAGAUGUGCUUAAUGGUUCAAUGGACAUCAAUUUCACAGUUGGUCAACUACACAGUGUGGAGUUGAUGGGUCUGCAGUGCAGUAAGGAAUGUUACGCCAUCAGCAUCGCUGCUGCUGUUACAUUCCUGGCUGGUGUUUACCAGGUCAUGAUGGCCGUAUUUCGGCUAGGCUUUGUCUCCGUCUACCUUUCUGCUCCCAUGCUUGAUGGUUUCGCCACAGGAGCCUCUUUCACCAUCCUGACUGUGCAGGCUAAAUACCUGUUGGGUCUAAAGUUUCCCCGUCAUCAGGGCUACGGCAUAGUUAUAAUCACCUGGAUCAACAUUUUCACUAACAUUCAUAAGACCAACCUGUGCGACCUCAUCACUAGUGCCAUCUGUAUCUCCAUAUUAGUGGCAGGUAAAGAGAUCCAGGAGCACUACAAGGAUCGCCUAAAGAUCCCUCUGCCCACGGAGCUGGUAGUGAUGGCAGGAGCUACACUGGCCAGUCAUUUUGGACAGCUGAACAGCCAUUACGACUCCAGUAUUUCCGGUCACAUCCCAACUGGGUUCAUACCUCCAAGGCAGCCCAGCUUUAGUCUGAUGUCACAAGUGGCACUGGAUGCCAUUCCUCUGGCUGUUAUUAGUUUUGCCUUCACUGUGUCGCUGUCCGAGAUGUUUGCUAAGAAGAAUGGCUACACAGUUCGCCCCAACCAGGAGAUGCUGGCUAUCGGCUUCUGUAACAUCAUCCCCUCCUCCUUCCACUGUUUUACCACCAGUGCAGCACUAGCAAAAACCAUGGUGAAGGACUCAACAGGCUGCCAGACACAGGUAUCGAGUCUGAUCAGUGCUCUGGUUGUCCUUUUUGUCCUCCUGUUCUUGGCACCUUUCUUCUACUCUCUACAAAAGUGUGUUCUUGCUUGUAUCAUCAUUGUCAGCCUUCGGGGGGCACUGAGAAAGCUCAAGGACAUCCCGGCUAAAUGUUGCGCCGGCCAGAACGAUGCCAUUGUUUGGCUGGUCACUAUGUCGGCAACAGCUCUGAUCAGUGUGGAGCUGGGGAUCCUAAUAGGAAUUGUCUUUUCAAUGAGCUGCUUCAUUUUUAAGACCCAAAAGCCUAAGGUUUCUCUCCUGGGCCAAGCCAAUGACACUGCUCUUUAUGAGGAUGUCAGCGAGUACAAGAAUCUCAUGCUGCCACCUCGAGUUCAUGUCUUGCGCUUCCAGGCUCCUCUGUACUACGCCAACAAGGACUCAUUCCUCAAAUCCCUCUACAAAGCUGUUGGAGUUGAACCUUUCUUGGAGAUAACUAAGAGAAGAAAGGCAGAGAAGAAGGCCAAAGAGAUGUCCAUAAAGCAGGCCAAGGCAAAUGGGAAUAAAAACGAUGGUGAGGUCAUUACUGUACUUGUCAAAAGAGAGCUGGGGUUCCACACAAUAGUUUUAGACUGCUCUGCAAUCCCAUUCAUGGAUUCGACAGGCAUGGCCACAUUUAAAGCGUUGGUCAAAGAAUAUAAAGAGAUCGGGGUGAGCGUGCUCCUUGCCAGUUGUAACACCUCAGUCAUUGAUACCCUGCAGAAGGGCCAGUUCUUUGGGAAGAAUAACGAAGACAUGAGCAGCCUGCUGUUUCAUACAGUUCACGCUGCAGUUCUUCAUGCAAGAAAUACAUCUGCUGCAGCAGAGAGCAGGUCAAAUGACUCUGUGGUGUAGAGUAGUGGAGCAAGAGGGGAAUAAAAAAAACCACUGUGAUGUGUUCCAUUCCUCCUUUCCUUUUCAAACCUAAAAGUGAAUUUAUACAUGACAUCUUGCCAUCUGUAACACUACUACAUUAGGUAGCUUACAGGUUUUCUUUUAGUAUGCUCUGUGCAAGAAAACAUGGCAGUACUAAGAGGAUCCAAUUAGGAAGAGUAUCAUAAAAAAUCAUAUUUUGAUGCUUUGUGUUCUUAAAUAAUCAGACUACAUAAAUGUUUAUCUGCACAACAAAGAAAGAGGGCAUUCUCAUAAAAUUAUGAAGUGAAAAGGUGCGAUUAUUUUCUAAAAUGAUGACCUAUGACUGUGGGAAAAGCCUUCAACAAUCAGGGUUGAUUGUGCACAGUUCAAGACCCCUCUCAGGUACAGACCACUCCCAUUACAGGUACAUAAACUGCAGAAGCCUCUUCCAUGUCCAUUAUUACUCCAACUGUCUUGUAAACAUAGUCCUGAAUAGCCGAUUCCAACAUUAUAUCAUAAAAUGAAUUUCCCUCUAAAUAUACUGAAGAUUUUUUCUAUCGCUAGAAGAAAGCAUUGGUGGGCUCACAGGUUUAAGACCCCCUCCUAACCUUCCGAAAAUUUCUUGUAGGGUCACAUUGUAACAGACUGUGCCAGUUUUGGAACCAGUCACUCUUGUUGUGCUCUCUUAUCAACUUUCCUUUCCUCAUUUUUUUACAAACUACUUCCUGACUGGACACAAGUGGCAAGGAAGGAAAGGCAAUGAGCUGCAGGAAGGGCAACAGACCACACCCACAGUAUCUGAAGCUUUUUAAAUCACUGAAUCACAAACCAAGGCAGUGUAGCUAAUGGUUUUAAAGAUUCUUACUUUACAUUAAGUGAACCUGUGAUCCAUCAAUGAUCUAUCAGUGGUAUCAGUAAUUGAGGUUAAUAAAUACAGUAUAAACACAGCAAGAACUACUGUACAUUAUACAUUCAAUCUGUACAGGCUUGCUAGUUUAGUGCUUUAUGCCACACAGUUGUUUUGUAUACAUGUCAAUAGUCUCAAAAGUGUUUCUUCAAUUUCCAGGUUAGUUUCUAUUCACACAUAUGGAUCACUAUGUCAAAAGUCAACUCUGUUUCAACUCUGGAAAGGCGUAAUCUAGGAGUUCAAAGUUCAAACAUGGAGAGUCAUCCACUAUGAGGUGCUAGGCAUUACCUUAGAUUUUCUAAAAGGCUGGUUAAACUCGACCAGACUUAAGGGUAGAGGUGGCAGCUUCAUGUAACUCAUGAGGGCUCUCACACUGAGAGAGCCUUGCCUUCAAAUCAGGACUUAUUACAACAUACGCGUGCCCUGUUCCCAGGUGACCCAGCAGGAGCAAGUUUAUGAUAUGUUGUCAUACUAGGGUUUAGUGUAUACACAUCUGAGAUCUCUGCUCUGGUGCUGGUGGACGCAUCAUUAGAUGCUUCUGAAGUGCCCCCCCAGUAAACCUAUGCAGCAGGUGGUGCCACAUAUUUUGUCAUCCUUCCUGUUUUCUUAAAUAACAUUCAAACAAAUAAUGAUGUUAAUGUGAUUCCAAAUGCGAGGAGUAUAUUUUUAUGGUCAAUGAAUCAUAUUACAAGGGUCAAACUAUCAUGAAAACAUUGAGAAUACAUUAGGUGUAAUGGCAUUAUGGAUAAACUGAGCUGCCUUGGCAGAUUAUUAAUUGGUAUUCUUAAUAUUCCUUUUUAACAAAUUGGUCCCAACAGGUUAAGGUCAAUAACUUUGUCUCUAAGACCAAUAUAGCAGCACAGGAGCACCACAAGGCUACAUGAGUUUAUCUUUCCUCUUCACACUGUACACAGAUGAAUUCUAAGUCUCUGACAGUAUUAAACCUGCUGCACAGCAAUGAUAAAAUCAUAUGCUGAAAUCAACCGGGCACACUCCUAAAAGACAGCAACACUAAGCUGCUUUGCCAACAUUUAAAACUUGCAUGUCAAGCCUCCUCUGCAGACUCAGACUAUUUGAUUUGGGGCCUGGCGUUAAGUUGACACUUGCUUGAAAGCAUCAUCAGAUUCAGAAGGGCACAAUGGUACAACAGCCUCACUGUUCAGUUAAAAUCUAGAGUCAACAGAAAUGAAAGCGAUACACAAAACCAAUCCUUUCAUUCUAUGACAAGACUGUUAACUAGACGACACAGAGUAAUGACUUCCAAAGUUAGUCUAUUUAAGACAAAUGUCCCUUUUUUGUGUCCCAAGAUAGUCCUUGAGCUGUGGAGGAGGGAUACCUUCGAGUAUUCGCGUUUAAGUUCUGUUACCAGAAUCGGAUUUAAUUACUCACCUGAAUGCAUAAUCAGUAUCACCUCUCUUACAUCAUUAUAAUAUGACCCUACAAGAAACGUUGCAACAACAUUUGUUUCUACAAAGUUGAGUCCUGUUACACUGUAACUUAUUUGAACUGCUGACUGUCAUCGCUGUGGCCUUAUUAGGAAACAUUCUCUAACACAUACAUAACUUGGCUGAUUGAUUAACAACAACACAUGAUGUAGCCUAUUUAUUUGCACUUAGCCUCUUGUCAGCUGCUGUUAGCUCAACUGGUGAUUGCACAAUUGCAAUGCUGACUGUUGGCCAGUUCAUUUCUGUAGGCUAAUUUAUGGACAUCCUUGGACUUUCAUCCCUUUAUUGUCUUUAAUUCUUUCAAAUAGAAGCUGUGAAUUUACAGUUAUUUUCUGUAAUUUUCUUCGUUAUUGUUUUAUCCUUUCAAUAAUGAUUUUUAUUCUUUAAAUAUGUCCUGUGUAAUAACUGUCAUCAUAAUAUUAGUAGGAGCUAUUUGUUUAAUUAAUUUGGUUUCUAUUUCAAAUAUUGACAUUGCUGACAUUUCCACAUCUGGGUUUUCAGACGUUACUUUUUUAAUCACACAAUGUGUGUGUAUGGUUAUGUUACAUAGCCUACAUAUAUAAAUUAUGUAGUCACUUUUCAUUUGUUUGUACCUUGUAUGUAACUAUGUGUAGCACUUGUGUCCAAGACAAAUUUCCUGUCAGUGACAAUCAACUUUAUCUUGUUUUAACUUCUUCACUACCACUGGUUUGUUAAAUAGUUUGCGACAUGCUCAGUGAGACUUUGUCGCAUUGUUAAAUCACUGUUUUCCAUGUUCGCCAUCCUGUUUGUGCCAUAUGUGAAAUCCUGAUUAAAACAAUAACAUGUUUUUGUUAGCACAACAAUUUACAGUAUGUACAUUAAGAACUCUAAAGAUGCAAUAAUUCAUAAGGGAUGUAUUUUUUCCUUGAAUGUGAACAUAUUCAUGUCAAAAAGACAAGAGCAGGUGAAGUGGCAUUAUAAUAAAAUGUAGACCUUCUUGUUUGUAAAUUUAGAAAAUUACCACUUUAAAUUUUUUAUUUAACUGGAUUCAUGAUAAUUAUCGCAUUAUAUUUUCAGAGAAGUCUCACUGACUUUCAUUUUAGAUAGUGUUGACAUUCAACAUUCAUAUACAAACUGUGCCUUAGUGUUUAAUACUUGAAUUAAACAUGUUUUGGUGAAAAAUUUCUCAGUGCCUUUAUUAUUGCCAAUAAUAACAUGUCAUACGAAAUAUCUAUACACUUAAAAAUGCCACUUAUUUUCUAAAGGAAUGAUUAUUAAAGCUGUGCUAAUCAGUGUUUUUAUAAUAACAAUGGUUCAGAUGACUAUGUACAGUAUAAAUGUGAAAGGGGCCCCUUGU